AUGAGCAAACUGUCGGUCAAUGAAGGAUUUGAAAGAAACAGGAAGAAUGAAAACAAGAAGAAAAUUAUCGAAGAGCAAAAGAAAGAAGGUCAGCCAGAUGUGAAGAACAAGGAUGAAAAUGAAAAACAAAAAAGUGGAGGAAGAUCGAAAUCCAAGUCGAAAAAAGAAAUAAUCAAAUCAACACUAGACGGAGAUACUUCAUCUGGAAAGAAGAAAAAGGAAUCGAAGGUUUCAAAACCAGCAGAAGAAGUUCAAGGUGAUGUGAAAGCGGGUACUACCUCAGGAAAAGAAAAAAUUGCUGCUCUUGAUGGAGACGUAAUUCCGGCUGAUCUUUGUGGAGAAAUGGAUAAAACUAUUAACGACUCGGAAAACCCUGCUGUUCAUGAUCGUGUUACUCGUAUCGCUGAAACUGAUUUGAUUUUCGAUCCAAAAGUAGUGAAAUAUCGAGGGAAUGUUGAUGAAGAAAAGAACAAAUCGGAGGUUGAACAAUUAGAGAAAGAAAUGGAGGCUGCUUGUGCGAAACACGAGAGAAGAGUUCGUAAUAAGACCAGAAAAUCAGAAGAGUCGGUCAAAUCAGUUGAUACUCCGGUUCCAACUGAUAGAAGAGUCAAAAUGAAACCGGAUGCAUGUGUUUUGUUUGAAACAAAAGAGCAAUUGACAGAUGAUGAGGCGAUUGACAGAGUAGAGGAGGACGACAAAGAACAAUAG